AUGGUGGAAGUGCGCGACUUUAUAAUCUACACCGAUCACAAGCCACUUAUUUUUGCAUUUAAGCAAAAAUCGGAAAAAUCAUCACCGCGCCAAGCUCGACAUCUCGACUACAUCGGUCAAUUCUCAACAGACAUCCGACAUGUUUCCGAAAAAAACAACGUAGUGGCCGAUGCUCUCUCCCGAGUCGAGAUGGUGGAAGAAAUCCUUGACUACCACAAGCUCGCCGACACGCAAAAAGGCGACAAGGAGUUGCAAGCGUUACUGCAGUCAAGCUCUGCGCUGCAAUUGAAACUCGUGCAGAUUCCGAACACAGAUGCACACAUUUAUUGUGACGUUUGCACAGAAAAAGCUCGGCCAUUUAUAACGUCAGACUUACGGAAAGCAGCAUUUGACAGCAUUCAACGGCUCUCACACCCAGGAAUAAAAGCGACGGCAAGAAGUGUGAAGAAAAGUUUCGUGUGGCCAUCGAUUGACGCUGACUGUCAAGCGUGGGCAAGAGCUUGCAUUCAGUGUCAAAAGUCAAAAAUAACGCGGCAUGUAUCAUCCCCAGUGGGCAUCUUUGCAGCACCUUCAAGGCGUUUUGAACACGUGCAUAUAGACAUCAUCAUACUACCCCACUCCGACGGUCACCGUUACUGCCCAACAUGUAUCGACCGUUUCACACGCUGGCCCGAAGCCUUUCAAAUGGAAAACCAAGAAGCGGAAACAGUGGCUCUUACGUUCUACGAAGGAUGGAUUUGCCGCUACGGUACACCCCUCCGGUUGACCACAGAUCAAGGAAGGUACGACUCAUCUGCACACGACUUCGUAAAACCCACAAGCCAACGGUAUGGUAGAGCGCCUUCACCGACAACUAAAAGCUGCAAUCCGCUGUCACGAAAAUUCACAGUGGACACGUGUUUACCUACGGUGUUACUCGGUAUCCGCUCAGCCUGGAAAGAAGACUUGAAGGCCACUGCUGCAGAGCUCGUAUACGGCGAACCCCUCCGACUCCCAGGUCAGUUCCUUACACCUAGUACAACAAACGAAAGAGGCAGCGCAGCAUUCCUACAAGAACUACGUGGAUACAUGCAGCAAUUAAGGCCAUCCGAGCCCAAACGUCACGGCACAGACAAAACCUUCGUCUUUAAAGACUUGGCAACGGCACAGCAUGUCUUUGUUCGACACGAUGCUGUAAAGAAGGCACUUGAAAUGCCAUACGAUGGUCCAUAUCCCGUCGUAAGCCGUAACGAAAAGUUUUUCGUCGUACACAUAGGCGGCAAGCAAAAAGCGGUAUCAAUCGACCGUUUAAAACCGGCAUUUGUCAUUAACGAACACCUGACACAUGGAGGAACAAACAUCACCCUUGAGCAGCCGUCCAAUCUAGUGAUACCACCGCAACCAGCAGUGCAACGAAUAGAAACACCACCACCUCCGCAAGCACCGAAUAAUCAACCUCAGCAACUUCGUCGGUCCCAAAGGCAGGUGAAAUUCGUCGACCGAUAUCAAGCAGGUUUCUCAUCGUGA